UUCCCUCGCUCCCCCACACUCUCCACCACUUCGCUCCCCGCCGUGGCAAACUCUGCUUUCUCGCCCGCCGCCGCAAGCAGAGCAUGGUUCCCCCCCGCGGCCUCCUCCUCGCCGCGGCAUUGUGCCUGCUCUUCCUCGCCGCCGCAGACGCGGGCACCGUGGGCGUGAACUGGGGGCGGGUGGCGAACGACCUGCCCAGCCCGGCGGCGGUGGUGCAGCUGCUCAAGCAGCACGGCAUCGCGCAGGUCAAGCUCUACGACACGGAGCCCGCCGUGCUGCGCGCGCUCGCCAACAGCGGCAUCAAGGUGGUCGUCGCGCUGCCCAACGAGCAGGUCGCCGCGGCCGCCCGGCGCCCGUCGUACGCGCUGGCGUGGGUGCGCCGGAACGUCGCGGCCUACUACCCGGCCACGCAGAUCCAGGGCAUCGCCGUCGGCAAUGAGGUGUUCGCCACGGCCGCCAACGUCACGGCGCAGCUCGUCCCGGCCAUGAUCAACGUGCACGCGGCCUUGGCCAGGCUCAGCAUGGACAAGGCCGUCAAGGUGUCGUCCCCCGUCGCGCUCACCGCGCUCGCCAACUCGUACCCGCCGUCCGCCGGCGUGUUCAGGGAGGAGCUCUCGCAGUCGGUGAUGAAGCCCAUGCUCGACUUCCUGUCGCAGACCGGCUCCUACCUCAUGGUCAACUGCUACCCGUUCUUCGCCUACGCGGACAAUGCCGGCGUCAUCUCCCUCGACUACGCGCUCUUCCGCCCCAACGCCGGCGAGCUCGACUCCGGGAGCGGGCUCAAGUACUACAGCCUCCUGGACGCGCAGCUGGACGCCGUGUUCACGGCGGUGGGCAAGCUGGGGAGCUACAACGGCGUGCACGUGGUGGUGUCGGAGACGGGGUGGCCGUCCAAGGGCGACGCCAAGGAGGUCGGCGCCGGCGCGGGCAACGCCGCGGCAUACAACGGGAACCUCGUGCGGCGCGUGCUGUCCAAGAACGCCGGCACCCCGCGGCGCCCCGACGCGGACAUGGACGUGUACCUCUUCGCGCUCUUCAACGAGAACCAGAAGCCCGGGCCGACGUCGGAGCGCAACUACGGCGUGUUCUACCCGAACAAGCAGAAGGUGUACGACGUGGAGUUCGUCCUCGGCGGCGGCGGCGGCUCUGUGGGCGGCGGCGGGCUCGGGUGGCAGGACAACGGCGGCGGCGGCAAUGCCGGAGCGGGCGGGGCGGUGAGGGCGGCGGCGACGCCGGGGGAGGCGUGGUGCGUGGCGAACGCGAUGGCGGGCGAGGCGCGGCUGCAGGCGGCGCUGGACUACGCGUGCGGGCCGGGCGGCGCGGACUGCAAGGGCAUCCAGCCCGGCGCGGCGUGCUUCGAGCCCAACACCAUGGUCUCCCACGCCACCUUCGCCUUCAACGACUACUACCAGCGCAAGGGCCGCUCUAUCGGCACCUGCGACUUCGCCGGCGCCGCCUACGUCGUCAACCAGCCACCAAAGAUGGGCAAGUGCGAGCUCCCCUCCACGGUCUGAAGCAAAGCAACAGCGUCCUCCACGCAUCUCGGGAUGCGAGAUUGAUUCACUAUAGUAGUAGUUAACGAAAGGGGAUGGAAAUAUCUACGUACCGCAGCCCGCAGGUCGGCCAAAGUGCAGGGAAAGAGGGGAGGAAUGCUGGAAUCUGUGCUCCUUUUCUUUGGUCUUUGCUUGCAUGCAUCUGGACGCCCGCCCGCUGCAGCGUAUGUAGAACAUUGGUGGUGGUACUGUAGCCGGCCAGCCCUUGGCUCUUCAUGGGAGGGAUAUCUUUGUUUUAACUCGUCUCUGUAACUAUGCUUUUACUCUAAGCUUGGAUUACCACUUACUACCACUAUAGAUUAAUUCUACCAAGUACUAUAAUGGUACUAGCCUUUUUGCGUCCCA